AUGGCGGUGGACCCAGGUCCUUCUAAUGAGUUCACUAAAUACCGUCUUGGAUUAUCGGUGUACGUCUCCAAUACAACAGACAGACUACAGGGAACACUGUGUUACAAGGACGACAACUUUACACUAGACACCAUACCUGCUGUCUUCACCACCACCUGUCCUGUACAUGGACAGUACGUUAUCUACUACAACGAGAGACUACCAGGAGUUACCUACCCUAGGGAUUACUCUGAUGUUGUUGGCACUGGCCUCUGUGAAGUGGAGGUAGAUUGCGUGGAUUUGUACACCACUGACAUUCAUAACAGGAUGUUAAGUCGUCUUGUAAAAGAAUUCUUUGGCGAAAAUGAAUUUUCUGAAGAGUAUCGCCUUCGGAUUAGAAAAUGGAAAGACUAUUUAGAAAAGCAGCGCACAAUGACAGCGCAUAGAGAAGAAAGUACAAUUUUCCAAGACUUCAAAUACUUGGAAAAAACCACCCUACUCAAAAUAGGAGAAUACAGUAUUCUAAGGAUUGUUUUUGAUAACGACAAAAGAUCUUUAAGAAUAAUAGAUGUGGCAGACAAGUCUAUUGAAUUAAUCAAGAUGAUUUACAGCGAGGAAUCAAUGCAAAUCACGGAAUCUCAGCUUGAUGACAAACUUGAUACUUACGAGAUUCUGGUUCAUGUGGGACGGUCACAGUUGAUGGAUAUCAUUCUUGAUUUUAUCUGCGAGCUUGACAGUGAAGAAGAUUCGUUGUACCCAAUAGAAGUAGCAAUAGAAAUCGUGGAAACGCACUCAGUGCCACUAGAUUUUUUGGAUCUGAGGCUACUCGUUGAUAAAACAUUAUCAUCUCUUAGCUACGUUAUAUCGCAAAAUCUGGCUAAAUCUUUAACUCAGUCUGAAGAUAUAUUACAUGGAGCAGAAGCAAAUGAGUCUGCAGAUAUAUUACAUGGAGGGUCGAAUCAGUGUGAAGAUAUAUUACACAGCAUUUUAUCACUUUUGAAUUUUUUUGAAAAAUGCCAAGUGAAUAGGCGAACAUUUUGUUGGGGAGAUAAUUGUCUCGUUAUUAUCAUAGCGUUAGAUAACACCGAAAAGUUCGAAUUGAAUCUAUUAAAAGAGCAGAUAACAAAUACGUUUGAAAGCGUUCUUUCAGUUUUCAACAACGAAAGAAGUGAAACAAUAGAGGUCGACUGUUUGACAGCAAUGUCGACAACAGAGGAUGAUAACGAAGUUGAAUAUGACGAAUCUGCUACAUCAAAAGCAAUGUCGUCAACAGAAGAUGAUAACGAAGUUGAAUAUGUCGAAUCUGCUACUUCAAGAGCAAUGUCGACAACAGAGGAUGAUAACAAAGUUGAAUAUGUCGAAUCUGCUACAUCAAAUUCUAAUCCUCCUUUUAGAAAAUUAAAAAUAUAUGUCGUUAAUAACAACCAAUUUAUUCUUAAACCUCCGAUGAUAUAA